AUGAUACUUCUUGUUUUAUUUACAGAUGUCUGCAGACACGUGCAUUUCUUACAGGGCAUUGCCAAUAAAGCCCUUAUUGGUCACAUGAUCAAAACGAUACCAGUGGAGACAGAUGACCAUUGUGAGAUUGCUUGUUAUCGCGACCUCAUGUGUCUCUCCUAUAACAUAGGACCCAAACAGGCUCAUGGACAUCAAUGUGAGCUCAGCAAAUCGGAUCACAUCCAAAACCCUGCUGAUUUAGUUCCUAUGGCAGGGUACAUAUACAGACCAACUGAGGUACACAAUGUAAUGGGCCAUUCCUGAGUUUCAAAAAGGCCUCUCUCUCAGAAUGAGGCCAAAUUGGCAAAGCUUUUGUCGUAAGAAUGAAGGUUAUUUACAGUAGGAGAGAAUAUGAUUUCCGCCCAAAGAUGUCGCACGAUAAUAGCCUCGUUUCAAAGCAAUGUUAGAGAGAGGGAGAAUGGAGACUAAUGUUCACUGAACAUCUAACUUUAAUUUAUCUAAAAUAAUUAUGCCGUGUAGCUGACUUAAAAAAAAAAGAAAUUGCGUAGGGUUUCACCAAAUUCAGGGAACAAAUUUAUUAUCUUUGGCAAGAUUUUAGUUAGCAGCUGUCAUUGAUAAGUUUUCAAAAUCUUUCCUGAUGUAUUUAAAGAAAUGUUUCUUUUCGCCUUUUGGGAUUAAAUGCGACAUACUGUAAUUCUUUGUAUCGGGCACACUCAGUUAACUCUUUUGCCCGAAAUUACGCCAUUAUUUGAAUCUCCAAAGUUUUUCCCACUUCAUUUUCAAGUUUUGGCAACUGUUCGUGAUUUCUCUGCCAGAAUAACGUGACAGAUAAUUUAUUUAUUUCUUGGUUAGAGUCGUUGUUCGUUAAGUCCUUGCACUGAUAACGCCACAUGUCUUUCUCUCACGGAGACAACUUUCCAGUGUCUGUGUCCAACAGGAUUUACCGGGAACAGCUGUGAAACGGGUAUGUUAAGCAACCAAGCAAUGUGGUGUCACCUCAUAAAUUAAGACGCGAUUGUUUUUAGUUUUGUAUCUGAUAGCGUGAAUUGAUUUAGAGGAUUCAUUCAUUCAUUCAUUUGAAAGUCACUUUUUGCUACAGACAUAGACGAGUGUGAAGUCAACCAGUUCAACUGCCCGGUGAACGAGGAGUGCGUUAACACCGCAGGCUCAUAUGUAUGCAAUUGUGUCAGCGGUGUGUUCGAUGGCGUAGGAGUCUGCCAACUCAUGACAGGUAAGCUAAUGAGAAACGUCCGCGAGAAAGUAUGAUACCUUAAGCAACGCGAGCCGGCGGGAGGUCUGUACAGGAUUUCAAUACAAGCUACAACUUGAGUAACUCCGAGAACAAACUUAAUGUUUGAAUACCACCAACAAACUCAUUAAAAAAUAGUUUUAGUUGUAGUGGCGCCAUAUUGUGGAAUAGCCUCCCUUGCGCGGCUGGUUGCGCGGAACCCCUCGGGUCGUUCAAACGAGAAAUCAACAAAGUUCUCUAAGGCACAAUAUUUAUGGAAAGCAGUAAUAUAAAGUAAGUAAUAUAAUUAGUAGUCAAUAGUUUUUAAUCCUUUGUCAAUAGCUGGUGAACUGCUCGUGAUUACACAAAUUUUAAGGACAAUAAUAACACUGAUAAUAUCAGACCUCCGGCUAAACUCAUCCCGACUCGUUUCAAAUCUUCCCACGGCGGAAAAAAGCGUGCCCUAUAUCGCUAAUAACGAGGCCUGGUAUCUAACUUCUUUUUUUUUUUUUCUCUCUCUCUCUCUUUGAAAGGAACUGAUUGCAAGGAGAUCAAGACCACAGUCCCGAGUGCUCCAGAUGGGAUGUACGAAAUACAACCGAACAUCGGGAACAGCAAAUUCUGGGCGUAUUGUGAUAUGACGUCAUUUGGAGGAGGAUGGACGAUGUGUUACUCUACUGACGAUCUUGCUGACCCUAAAACAGAAGUGACCUAUGACGAGAAUUAUCCCUAUGGUGCAGAUGGUUACCGAACUGACUGCAAUAAUGUUCAGGUGAUUAAGAGAGGUUGAGGUGCAAGAGUUUAAUUUUGAGGAUUAACGAUGUUUGGCAAAUCCUGGCUUAUGUGUUUGUCAUAUUUCAGGCGCCAUAAUGAGUAAUCAGCCUGAUAAAUAGCUUAUAAACACUCUCUUGCCCUGAUUUUACUUUAUCCUGAUGUUAUAAUUUUCUGGAAAUAUUUUAUAUUUUCACUAGGUGUUUUAUCGUUUUUAUUCUACAUUUAGGUUUUAACCCACUCUGUAUCCUACUAUAGAUGAGAACUGUCAGUGAUCCCCGCUAGAAUGCCAAAUUUACUACAAGAAUUUCAGUACCCUCUGUACUGUGCUUCAUUUGGUCUGGCACUCAUAAUUUGAACAUGAGUCACUGUUUCUUAAAUUUGAUGUCUACAUUUUCAAAAUUAGAGACUGUUUUUUUUUUUGGAAUGCUAAACUAUUUCUUAUCACCAGAAUGGUGCUUUUUUCAUCAAGUUUCAGUCCGAAGAUUCUAAAUCUAUUUGUUCUUGCUCUCUUAACCUAGUAAUCUUAUUCGACACGACAGUCUUUUCCUGUCUGUUUUUUCUUUUUUUUUGCUUGCAGUUUCGGGAAAUUCUCUUCGUGGAUGAGACCACGAAUGAAAAGGCUUUCUUUACCUAUAAACUUAAUUCCAGUCUCGUCGCAGAGGGAAAUUACCAGACACAAAUCUCCGGCCUGUGGCUAGGUGGAGGUGUAGCUACCACAAGUCAUGAAUACCAGCUUCUUAUCUGUGACCACAGCUUCUACUCUGGCUUUUUCAUAUCCGGUUAUACAAACUGUUAUAAGAGGUGCAAUAGUUGGUGUAGUGAUACACACACCCCUUACUUCCGGUCAGCGUCCACUCAUUCAGGUUAUGCUGGAGUCGCCUUUAACGUCAAUGGACAUCGGCCGCGAAGCAGCAGACUGAUUAGUGUUGGACUGAGAUAA